UUGAACAAUUGACGGUUAUCUAAUUUUAAGAAAUGAAUUUUCCAUUUUUUUUUAAAGUUAGCCAACUAUAUUAAAAGUUAUAAGUAUUCACCAAAUAUCUUAGUGAAUAAAAUAAAUAGAAAAUUUCAUUAUUUAAAGAGUUAUUUAAGACAGUUUACCUAUUGAAAACGCUUAUCUUUUAGGUAUUUGCUUUCCUCUCUUGCACGGCAUUGUCGAUCUUGACGAUGGUUUCCAAAAUAAAGGCAGAGGAUGAGAAAUCCUCAAAACUACUACCGUCUCUGAUUCCCUCACUUCCUGAAGAUGUCAUCAUUGACAUCUUAGCGCGUUCAUCAAGAUGGGACUAUCCAAAACUCUCCCUUGUUUCUAAGCACUUUCGAUCACUAGUUGCUUCGCCUGAUCUAUACGCAAGAAGAUCCUUGUUGGCCUGCACGGAGACCUGUCUCUAUGCUGUCCUCUAUGACUAUGAUGCAAGCGACUUGGACUUGGAUAUGUGGUAUAUCCUCCGCCGGAAAGCCAACGGCAGUCGCUGCUUGGACCGUAUCCCGAUCCCCUCGACGCUUCCCGUUUUGGAAACAUGUUCAGCAUCCUCUGUGGAAAUAGAUUCGAGAAUAUAUGUGUUUGGUGGGAUUGACCAUCAAAAUAUGACCACAAAUGCGUUAAUAAUGGAUUGUCGAUUCCAUGGAACCUCUCCCAAGCAUACCUUGGAUGGUUAUAAAAGCUAUGUGUACGAGCCAAAGGAAAGUAAAUGGGAAAUAGAAGAUAUGAUGAGUUCUGAGUAUUGGAUGGAUCCAUGUGUGGUUGAUAAUGUAUUGUACUACCAUGAUUGGUGUUCGAAAACCUUAAAAGCCUAUGAUCCAAAUCACAAGUGUUGGCUAUUGGUGGAAGGCUUGGAAGACUUGUUGGUGACAAUAUGUUCAAAUUGGUCAUAUGCUUUGAACUACGGUGGGAAUAUGGCUUUGUUUUUCAGUAGACCAAGUGAUAUUUGGUGUGCGGAGAUUUCCCUGGAAAGACGUCAAGGAGGGAAGAUUUGGGGUAAUGUUGAGUGGUGUGGUCAUGUUCUGACUGGAUAUUUUGGAAUUAGGAAAUUUCUAGCUGUUACGGUUUAAUGCAUGCAACUCAACUUCAUAUA